UUGUGACGUCAUGUUAUUGAUUUGAUGUAGUCGGCGUACGCCAUUUUGACUUAAGUGAAAAGUUUUUAAAUAGUGGUAAAAAUAAUAAAAACUUGUGAUCAUCCGUCCCAUUUCAAGUUUAAUUGGAUUAAUUUCCUCUUGUUACGAGUUUACCCAUUUGGACGGACCAAGAAAUAAGGUUCGUUCACUGGGUCCUUCAGAUCUAAAUGGUUGCCUGCAGACAGCAUGUCUACUUUGCCAGGCUUGGCCUCCAAAGGGGAGAAAGGAAAAUCAAAAUACCAGUCAUUAGAUAUCAAUAACUUGUGGAAAGCACAUACAGGAGAACCAUUAGAAACCCAGCAUCAAAAAAAUACAUUACCGCGUAAGCAUGGCAUGCAAAGUUUGGGUAAAGUUCCAACAGCAAGACGCCCCCCUGCAAACCUUCCAUCUUUGAAAUCUGAACACACUGGUAGUGACGCAGCUGUAUCUUUAGUACCUUCUGGUGGAACAGGAUGGGGCAAACAAGAAGGCAGUCCCUCUUCAACCACUUCUCAAACGACUUCUGUUACAAAUUCCACUGUCAGCAGUUCUUCGAACAGUUCCUCGAAUUCUCUCCCAGUUUCAAAUCAAACGGUCGGGCCGAGUCCUGUCGUACCUUCCUUGCCGAUUUCCAAACAGUCUACCCCUGCUGCGACACCUGUUACAAACGACAAGUCAUGGAGUGCGGUGAUGAGUGGCAACGACAUUCUACAACCUCCGCCUUAUCACAGUCCACAGUUCCAGCACGAAUUCCCCAGCUUAUCUGCUGGCGAUGGCGCACCCACACGCCCUGGCACCGACAUGCAAUAUGGACCGGGCCCAAGCCUCCGCCCUCAAAACGAAGGUUCCUGGAUACAAGGGGGUGCACGUCCGCAGCCCCCGAGCGACCUUCAUUCCAGAAACAGCAACUCGGCCCCCCCGGGAGCUUCACCUCAGCCCUCGGGCCCGGCAGGCCCCCCCCAGGUACCGCUGCCUCAACAGUACCGUGGUGUCAUUCCACCGUUCAUGUGCCGAGGUAAUUUUGCCUCAAAUGGUCAUGGACUUCCGACUUUUCCAAAUCCACCAGCAGGCGCCCCAAAGUGGAGCACCGGUGGUCCUAAUCGUGGGGUGAUAGAAAAUAGAUCGCAGGCCCCACAGCGCCCCGACGAAGACGAGGUCGUGUCAAGGCCCAUCAUUAAAGAAGAAGAUCUCACCAGAAUGGACGACCUUGCAAGAGAUGUCGGUUGGGCUUCUUAUGACGACAUUGACUAUAAUCAAAAAUUAGCGUUCAGCGAUGACGAAUCUUCUCCGAAAGAGGACGGCAGAGAAAACGGCAAGACUGACCAAAAUUCCGAUGACAGAAGACCACGAGGUGGAGCCAAAAUAAUCCGUCACAUAAACGAAGAGGAAGAAGUGUGGAAGCAGAGGCGAAUGCAACAAACUGAGAAAGUUGCAUUGGCUGUUGAAAGGGCUAAGCAACGCAAGGAAGAAGAGGAGAAACGUUUUCUUGAGCAAAAACAAGCUGCAGCCAAGAAACUCCAAAUGCUCGAAGAAAAAAUGAGCAAAAAUAAGAGGGAACGAGAACUUGAAGACACCCAGGGCACUAUAAGUCCUCUCGCUGUUCCUUCACAACCAAUCAUGCCUGUUCCAAUCCCUGUACCCGAAUGGGAAAAAGAGAAAGAAAAUCAAACAAAUACUAGCAGUAAUAACAGCAGCGGUAGCAACGUGCAAAAGGCUUCUGCUCAACAGCAGCAACAAAAAGAUGUCAGUUCGGCCUCCGAAUUCCACAAACUUGCCCAAAUCGAAGGGCGAUCGUUUGUAAGGAAGGAUAGUCAAAGCGUGGAACGGGAGCCCCCAAGAGACACGCGCGAAAUACGCGAUCAGAUGGGACCAAACUUUUCGAAACAGUUUCAGUCCAAUCUACCACCUCGUUUCAAGAAACAACAACAGCUUAGAAAUAUUGCUUCUAGCCCACAACUUCAAAAUAACAACAGCAACAAUUUGCAAACAACUAAUUACAAUUCUGAUACAUCAUCUUCCUAUAGUUCCUGGCAAUCCACUCAACAAUAUAAAAAUAGCAGUUCCGUACACGCCUCCAGGCAAGACUCUGAGGAAUUGGAAGAGCACCACUACAAGGACAACCAUAGAAACGAUGAAUCCUGUUUACCUUCAUAUUCCAACUUUAAUUCGUACUAUGACUCAGAUACAGCAAAGUCUGGUGGAAAGUACAGCGAAGACGAUAAUAAACGGGACAAAGGGCGAGAAGAAAGCAGCAUUGCAUGGGAAAAAGAGAAAGAGUCGUUGGAAAAAGAGAAGCUACCUAAAAGAAGUAGCAAUCAGGACAUUUUCGAAGAACUUCAAAUGCAUCACGUUACGUCUGAUGAAUGGAGAGAUAAGUACGAGAAAGAAGACAGAUACGGCGAGAAAUAUGAAAGACCACAGAGACCCGACAGUAGAGACUCGAGGGCUUCCAGGGACUCGAGACAUUCCCGGGAAUCGAAUCGGGACUUUGACUACCAUACGUCGUCGUCUUCGUGGGCGGACUCACCAUUUGAUCCCACUUUUGACAAAAAGCGUAAAGAAAACGUUUACACAAGGGAAGAGCGGUCCCGGGUAGUCCCAGGACCAAUAACGAAAGAACGUGUUGAAGCUGAAGAUUAUAAAAACGACAAAGGGCUCACGCAAUUAAAAAGGGGCAUGAUAAUAGAAAAACCCAUUGAAAAAGAAAAAACACCAGAGAAAAUUGUAAAGGAAGAAGAAAAGGAAUCGAAAGAUUGGGCUACAGAUUCCGGAAAACAAAACGAUACAAAAACAGAAGAGAAAACGAUAACAGGGAAAGAUUCAGGAAACGAAAAAGACAGACACGAAAUUAACACGGACUCUGAUAACAGUAAACCUCAAAAAGUAAAUUCUGAUAAGGAUAAAGAAGAUGGUAAAUCUCAUGGGUCAAGUAACAGGAGGCGUCAAGAUCCUCGCGGAUGGAGUACUGGUGGUCCUUAUGUUUAUCGUAACACGUGGAAACGAAACGACUCGAGACGUGGAGGCGCCAGCGGAGCUGGAUCACGAUUCGGUGGUAUGAAAAAGUCUUCUGCGUUGAGUAAAGGACCUUCAGAUUGGCUUCACACCGAAUCUGACGCUUCUGCCGAUGAAAUUUCAUCUGAAAGCAUACGCGACGAAAAGAGAAGCCCAAAAAUGUCUAGAAAAAUUAGCUCUAAGGAUGAAAAAAAUAAGGAAAACAGAUUCGAAAGAAGCGACAAAGACUCUAAUAAAAGAGAUAAUUACACCCCAAGGGGCGAGCCUUCGCGACACGGACGCGGAUCUUCACAGUUUAGAAGCAGCGGUGGGCGUGGAGGAAUAUCGAGACGCAUCGAUGGCUACGGACCUCCACCCUCGAAAAGUCCUUUUAGUCAUUUGGACGAAAAAGAAACAAACAAAAAGAGCGACAAUAUCUCUGAAUCUGAAGAUAAUAAAAUGCAGAAUAGUGCUGGAGUAAUAGGCAGCAAUCGAAAUAAAGACUCAUUCAAAUCAAAAAGUGAAGAUAAAUUGGAGGGUAAUAAAUCUAGAGGAUCUUCAAACAGUCGAAGGAACAAAGGUAGAAAACCGAAAGAAGGUAGCGAAGAGAAUUGCGAAACAUCCGACAAUUCAGAAGAGAAUUCAAAGGAUAAAUCGAAACAUUUGUCUAAAACGUUGUCCGCUAGGACUUCUUCCCAGAGAAGAAAUAAUUCAGGACGUCCCGAUUAUCGUGUUAGACCAGAUGGUUCACGACAACCAAGUAUAAAAGACGAAAAGACAAAAAGUCAAGACGAUCAAACAGGUGGCGACCAGAAAGAUGAAAAAGACACAGACGGUUUUCAAGAAGUCAAGAGCAAAAAGAAUCUGCAGAGACCGAAGUCUGGAGAUGAGAAAAUUCCUUCAAAACUUGGAAGUAAACUUGGGGAUGAUCGUAAAGACAAAACGUUGAAGAAACCCGGGCCUGCAUUACCAUCAUCCCAACAACAGUCUCAGUUUCCUCUCGCGCAGCAGGUGGCGAACAUUCCAUCCCUGAUGGACACUCCAGUGAAUCCCCCUCAACCAAUGCUUGCUCAGCUCAAUAAGGAUAAAUUCGAGCGUAACCGCCAAAACAAGUUACCCCCUCGUUUCGUCAGGCAACGACUGCAAAAGGUCCAGAUAAAUCAUCACCAACCUCCCCAACAACAGCAACAACAGUCUGGAAUUAUUUGUGACGAUAUAAACAAAGUUAGUCAUAACUUAAAUAUGUUAGAUGCCGGCGGAGCUCUGUCCAGUGCGUGGAAUAAAUUACGAGUCGAAUCAGAUGGUUUAGAGUGUACAAAAAACCCAGAGCAAUCGCAGCAGCAACAACAAUCACCAAGUCAAAGCAUGGACAAAGUCGUGCAAAAUAAUCACUUAGGUGAGAAACCAGUUUUGGACGGUGCCACACCACCUGUUAACACGAUUAUUUUCGAAAAUACUAACUUCAAAUCAGCUCCAGGUGCAAGGCGCAAUGAAAAACCAUGUAAAUUGGAGGAAAGUGUGGUCAUCGACAAUUCAGCUGUAAUGUCCACCUUUAAUAAACCCAUUAGGGAUCUUUUGAACAAUAAGGGUGACAAACAACAGCAACAGCCUCAACAACAGCAGGUGGACGCGACUACCAUUCAAAUGCAAUUAGCCUUCACCAAAGAAGACACUGCAGACAUGAAAUUGGACUUCUUUGAAUCAGAACUAACACAUUUAACAGAAGACAAUAAGAACUCCAAAAAUUUGGGAGGUCUUUCGAGGUCUAUACAUACGAUAACAAGCGUUAAUAAUACGAUAUCAACUGCAGAUGCAUUGAAUUUCAAAAUUGCAUCUGUAAAAAAGGUAUGGGAGUCAAUGCCCACUGUUAUGGAACAUAAUGUAGUCGUGGCCCAAGAUGACCCGAACACGGCAGCCUCUGCCGGAUUUUCUACAUCGUUUGGUGCAGACACUGGAGCCCUGGACGGCUCUACAGCCUUUGUCAACAAAACGGCAGAAGGCGAGGAUGGGCACGAACGAUACAACGCGUCCCCUAAUCAAACAGUCACAAAUAAUACCACGACAAACGUGUGUAAAGUAAAGCCAACUCAACAAAUAGCUGGUAGCGCGAGUCAAACAAUCCACACAACCGGUGCUCAUCAACCCCAUUCAGGUGUUGUGGGAUCAGGUAUCGUAGGCCAUCCAUUGUCCCCACCUCCCAUGCAAUCCGUGAUAGGUACUGGCGUCGGUCUUGGACAGCCCCCUCAACAGUACACGUCUAACCAGCAUCUUGGUUAUCAGCCAAGCGUAGGAGGUACCAACCAGUAUGGGAUGUCUGCAAUACCUUCACCUCCGACAGUUUUGUUCAAUUCCACGCAGCAACUGCAGGCUGCGGCUGCCCAGAGCGGUCUCUACGGUACGUUUCAGAUAGAUCAGUCUCAAGUGUUAGGCAGCCAAGGUCGAUCCCAGUUCUCGCAGUAUCCGAACCCAUAUGGUCUUGGUCAAACGGCCAGCAGCCCUUAUUCAGCACAGUCGAUGUAUUUACAAGGAGCGCAACCGCAUCCUCCGCCCGCAGCUCAACCUCCACCCCCUCCAGACCUUUAUACAAAUAUCAACAGCUAUCGUUUAUCUGCCACCGGACCCUUUGCUCAAAAUCAGCAGUUAAACAAUCCUACUACGGUCUUAAUCAGUUCCACGUCUAAUUCUCUCAUGAGCGCUACUGUCAAGCCCAGCACUCAACAAAUUAGUGCGAUUGGUACAAAAGCAGGAGGCGCGGGUCAGGCAUAUCAGCAGACAUCACAGCAGGGUCAACAGUUAUACAUGGCAUACGAUCCAACGAUGCAAGCCGCGAGUUACCUGCCCAGCACGGGUGUAAUUCAGCGUGGUCCAAACGGUCCCUUGCAGAACAACGUCGUUACUGCCCUGCAACCGUCCGCAUCGUCCUUUUACACUGGAUCAACAGGAGGCCAAACUGCUGGUUACUUCCAGCAGCCGGCGAGUUCCGCCCUUCAAUCUGGUCCGUUGCAGCAGCAUCAGGCAGCAGGUUACGGGAUACAGGGCAACAUAUUUGGUAACCCAAAUCAAUCUCACACAAGUGCCGGACUUCAGAAUUUUGGUUCGCACUUUCUCUCCUCCCCCAUGCAAUUGGCCGCGGCAGCAGCGUUGAAUGCGCAACAGUACAGAUCCCAGAACUUGCCUAACACGACCCCAUACAUUAAAAGCAUGACUGGGCAGCAUGUCGGGGACCAGGGCACCAGACAACUGAAAAGUCCCGCGAGUCAACAAGACGUACUUUCAUCAGUCUUUAAUUCUGGUCCUCAAAUCCCGUCUCCAAAAUCGAAACAGAAUCCGAAACAGCCUGUGCCUCAGUCAAGUCCCACUGCUCAACACAAAUACAAUCUAUAUCAGAGUGUCAACACACAGCAAAUAGCACAGAUGCAAAGAUAUCCGACACCAAUUCAGAGACCCAUGAAUUUUCAGUCAUCUAUGGGUUCAGUACAGCCGACCAGUAACGGGCCCACCAACAACAACCCUAAGCACAAGAGCAGUAAUCAAAACCAGAAAAUGAGACACUACUAUGGAUCUCAAGGUUCGAACCUGGGCAACGCGCAGCACGACAAGAUGGACGAGAAACUAACCGAGGCGGCUACCAACAACUCGGCAACGUCAAACUCCUCGACGAUGGUCAACAAGUCGCCGACGAUCAAUGCCGGAGGGGGCGGCGGAGUUGCUGUCGUCGGCGACGCGACCAAGGACCAGACGGUUGUUGUCGGUGCGACUAAAAACGAGGAGACCGUGAACACCGUCGUCAAAGAAUAGAUAAAAAAAAAGAUAAAAGAAAACGAAACAAAAAAGAGUAAUUAUCGUUAGCCAAACAGUACUAGCAGUAGUGUUUAAAUGGAGGUUAAGUUUCAACGUUUAUCUUGUCCUUUUUGUUUGUUUCGUGUUUUGGGUUUCGCACUUGUUCCUGGGCCAUUACGCACAGAGGACGCGCGUGUCUCAGUGCGCGUGCGCGUCUUAGUAAAUGUUUCAAAAAUGUGGAACGAUGCAAUUUUUUUUUGUUCAUUUCGUUCGUUUAUCUUUUUAUAAGGAGAGGAGCACUCGUAGGAAAAUUAAUCGAAACAUAGUAAUAAAGAAGAACGUUCGUUCGUAUUAAUGUUUAAGAGGAAAAAAAUUAAUUAUCAAAAUGAAAAAGAAGGAUGGGGAAAAAUUAUAAACAAGCCGAAAGCAGCGAGGGCCACUCCGUCGUUCUCUAACACUUGUCUACUGCCUUGUAUAUUUUUAGUGUUAUUUUAUAUAUGAAUAAUAUGGUUAUUGAUAUAUUGAUUAGAAAAAAAGUGUUGUAGCGCUUCUGGAUGUUGAAGGCGAGGACGCCUCUUAGUAGAAUUUAAGUGGUCACGAGACGAAGAUGGUGAUUAUAAUAAUUAUAAUAAUGAUUGAUUAUGAUACACGUCGAAUAAUUAAUAAUUAUUUAGUGUUUAUUGGGAACUGUUGAUGAUAAUGAUUAUCAAAAAGCAGGAGGAAAAAAUGCAAAAAAUGUAAUAACUUAUUGAAAAAUAUAAAUGUAAAAUUAGUAUUAUGUAAUUUUAGGCAAAGUAAGAAGACUUUUAUUAACAUAACAAGUACUACUUACUGUCGUGGUAAUUUUUCCUUUUUUCUCGUACGCUCGUUGCAUGUAAGUAUAUGUAUGAUAGGACACUUCCGCGUUUUAUCUAUUUCCUCAGUCAAAAAAGUUAAGUACAUAUAUCAUUGCAAUGUAUCUAAUACAAAAAAAGAGACAAAAUAAAUAUCGUAUAUAUAAUAUAUAUUGUAAUGUGCAAACAAAGGAAAUAAGAAUGAAAAAAGGAUUGCCAAAUUUGUUUGGUCCUUUUUCCCCGCCCCCCAUUCUCAUUCUUCGUGGUGAUUGUACAGGUGUGAUGUUUGUGUUUGUCUGUCUGUGUACUAAUUUAUUUGGUGCGCGGGUUUUUCUCCUUUUGUUUCUUGGAGACACCUAAUAUGAAACACAGUAACGAACUGCUGUUAUUCUAUUUCGUUCCUUCCCAUCACACCCGCGUUGCAUGUGUGCAUUGAAUUGUCUUAUUUAAUUUGAAAUGAACCGCACCCCUUCUGCGGUAGGCGGUGGUGUUAAUCAGUCGUUUUGACUAGAUAACUGAGAAUUUCAUAUUAGUUCGAGCACACUUGCAAAUAAUGUCCUGUUCGGCAUACAUUUAGUAGUAAUUGAAUAUAAAUGAGAUUUAUA